AGAGAGCUUGGGGGCGCACCGUCUCUGUUCUUUGGUUCCUGGGGAGUUCCGACUUUUAAAGGGGGGCAAGGAGGAGGAGAUGAGGGGUGCCAGGGACUGACCUUUCGAAUGCUGCCCCCCACCCCUUCUUGUGACCAUCCAGGAGACUUUUGCACUGGGUAACAGAGGAGCCCAUUCAGAGUUGUUCCACCAGGGGGGUCCUGGAGUUUGGGUUAGGAGCAGACGAGGACUUCCUGCUCUCACUACGAUGACUUUGGGAACUGAGAUGUCUGACAACUCCCUGCUCUCUGAGGACACCGACAUCGAUGUGGUCGGUGACAUGAAUGGGAAGGAAGGGAAGUACUCCGACUACCAGUCUGACAUCGAUUCCGACGAUAACAUCAGGGCGCACAGAGAGGACGCAGCCUCCCCAGACCUCUCCUCUGGUUCGGACUCUAACCCCAGGGGGGUGGAGAAGAGCCCCAAAAACACCCUGGUGAAGCCCCCUUACUCCUACAUCGCCCUGAUCACCAUGGCCAUCCUACAAAGCCCCAAGAAACGACUGACCCUGAGUGAGAUCUGCGAGUUCAUCAGCCAGCGCUUCCCCUACUACAGGGAGAAGUUCCCCGCCUGGCAGAACUCCAUCAGGCACAACCUCUCCCUCAAUGACUGCUUCGUCAAGAUCCCCAGAGAGCCUGGCAACCCUGGCAAGGGCAACUACUGGACCCUGGACCCUGAGUCUGCAGACAUGUUUGACAAUGGGAGCUUCUUGCGCAGGAGGAAGAGGUUUAAGAGGCAACAGAGCGCAGAGAUCCUGAGGGACCCCAGUGGUUUCAUGCCAGCCUUUGGAUAUGGACCCUAUGGCUACAACUAUGGUCUCCAGCUGCAGAUACCACCAGCACCAUCACCACCACCCAGUGCCACCUUCUCCUUCCAGCCCACGCACUGCCCUCUGCCCACCCCAGCCUCUGUGUUUUCCAGCCCAGCACUGCCCAGCUUCAUAGGCAACGAACUAACACGAAAAUCGUUCUAUUCCCAGCUCAGCCCCACAUUGCCCAUCCUACAGACACUGAAAACGGAUACACAGAGCAGAACUUCGUUCUCCAUAGACAAUAUUAUCGGGGGGUCUGCCCCUCAACCAUCUACCCCUGUUUCACCCUACACAGCUCAGUCUGGCAGCCAGCCCCAGGUCAUUGCCAUGUUAACCCCUUCACUGGCACCCAUGCAGAACCAUUUAAAUCUGGCGCAAGAGAACAUGUUACAGACUGGGCAAAACUUUUCCACCAAGAUCGCAAAUCUUAACAGCUGCCAUUUUUAAACUAGAAAAUUAUAAUUAUUAUAAUUAUUAUAAUAAUGAUAAUAAUAACUCUCCCGCCCCCUCAAGUCUCAACCUGUGUAUUUAAGGUAGGAAUAUUUUUUUAUUUUAUUUUUUUUAGGUGAACUUUUUUAAAUCCGCCAUCAGACACCUCCAGAGCUCACCUCCUUUUUCUUUUUUUCUUUUCAGAGAUUCUUAUAAAAAAAAAAAAAGUCUAUUUAUAAAAUGUAUAUAUGUAUUAUGUUGGUUUUAUGAUAAUUUUGAACCUGGAAUUUAUUAUCUGGACACAUUAUAGAAAUUCCAUUUACGGUUGUUAACUGUUUUACACUGUGGAGGUGUCAGCUCACCAGUUAACCCUAUACUUCCCAAAGCGUUAAAAAUAACGGGCCAUGCGUUCUUCAUCGAAAUCGUUAUUGAUCUGCUGACCGGCCCUUACCAAAUCGAGUUAUGUGUAAUAAGCAAGUGUUCCCUAUUACCUCAGGAUUUAUAUACACCUCUUCAGUAUAGCACACCAGACCCUUUAAAGCAGGGAGCGCUUAAAAUCGUUAUUUCUAAAUGAUCAGAUAGGGGCAAAAUUAUUAAUUCGUUAAAUCUUAAAGAAUGUCAUUAAAAGGGUUUUUUUUUCCUUAUGAAGUGUUUUGUGUAUAUGUAAUUAUGUAUAUAAUAUAUAUAGAAAAGUUCCUGAAGGGACGACCACUUACAUUUUCGUUCACUGCCUGUGCAUCCUUCUGUGUUUAAAUUUUAUUAAUUGGAUUGUGAAUAGAUACACGAUUGUCCAUCAUUUGGUGAAAAUCUAAAUAAAUGUUCUUAAAUUCUA